ACGUGCAUGAUGUUCCUGGCUGCCUCCAUGAUGGCUCCAUGCCUGCCAGCAGAGGCUUUCUCUUGGGGAGCCUUCACUGGCCUUCAUGGUGUUCUCAGUGGAGUCUGUUGGCAGUUUGCAGAAGGGUAACAAUGUGUGCCUGGGCCCUCUGGGUGUGCGACUAGCCCCGCAGAGGGCAGAGCCAGACAGGCUCUGCUGCUGCCUCGGGGUUUUGGUGCGGCAGCUUUCCUCCCGGGCGCUGAGCGCCUGUGGCCCAUCGAGGUCUGGGGCUGAGGCUUGGAGGGUGCUCUGAUGGGAUCUGCCGCAGCACCUUCUUCGCCCUCCCCGAGUCGCGGGCGAGGCAUCCCGGGAGUGUAGCGUACGUGUUGGUGACCCUGCAGCUCUGCCGUGAUGUCCGUGCCCCGCUCCCGUCCCGUCCCGUGCGCUGCCGGGCUCCGCCGCCGCGCUCCUUCAAUAAAGCGCGGGCCGCGCCUCUCGCCGCCGCCUCUGCUGCGCCGCUAUUGGCUGGGAGGGUACGCUCUCCGCCAAUCACGGGGGAGGGGCGGUCCCCGGGAGUGUCCUCGCUGUUGGGCUGAGCGUGAUGGCGGCGCCGCUGCGCGGACGGCUGCUGGCGCUGGGAGGCUGCGCGCUGCUCCUGGGAUCGGCGCUGGCGGCAGGCGACGAGCGGCUCUACGCGGCGGCGGUGAUGCCCGCGCUGCGGGCGCUGCCUCCCGAGGCCGCCCACGGCCUGGCUUUACGCGCCGCCGCCCUCGGGCUGCUGCCCUCCGCCCGUCCCGACGGCCCCGCGCUGGUAUGGAUUCAACAGCCACGGCCAUGUCGCGGUGGAGCGCAGGCUGCGAGCCCGCCAGGAGAAACAGAUCAGGCUCACUGGUGGUGAGACACGCUUCUGGGAUGCCUCUUGGAGUCAACCUGGGCAAGAACAAGAGCUCUACUGAUGCUGCAGCUGACUAUGUGGCUGGGGUCCGGACACUGGGCCCUUUGGCUGACUACCUUGUUGUGAACGUGUCCAGCCCAAACACCCCAGGGCUGCGGGACCUGCAGGGCAAGGCUGAGCUGCGGGACGUGCUAAGCAAGGUGCUGGUGGAGAGGGACCUGCUGCCCUGCAAGCGUAAGCCAGCCGUGCUGGUGAAGAUUGCCCCUGACCUCACUGCACAGGACAAGCAGGACAUCGCCAGCGUUGUCUGUGAGCUAGGUGUGGAUGGGCUGAUAGUGAGCAACACCACCGUGAGCCGGCCCAGCAGCCUCCGGAGCAGGCAGCGCACGGAGCCUGGGGGCCUCAGUGGGAAGCCCCUGCGGGAGCUCUCCACACAGGCCAUCAGGGAGAUGUACGCUCUCACUCAAGGCCGGGUGCCCAUUAUCGGCGUGGGUGGGGUGAGCAGUGGGCAGGAUGCCCUGGAGAAGAUCCGUGCCGGAGCCUCACUCGUGCAGCUGUACACAGCACUUGUGUACCACGGGCCACCAGUGGUGGGGGCAGUGAAGCGGGAACUGGAGGAGCUGCUGAGCACACACUGUCCCUGGUUAGGGAGCAGGGCUUCAAGAACGUCAUGGAGGCAGUUGGGGCAGAUCACCGCUGCUGACAUACUGCAGAACGAAGGUCUAGCUGGGAGGAGCCAUGGCAGAGCAGGGAUGGGUGUGACAAUUCCAGGGCUGGGCAGACUGGGACUGAGAUGAGGUCCUGGUUCCAGCCCCUGGGAAGAGUCUGAUGGGUGAAGCAGGGGACAGGGCCUUUAUGACAGUGCUGCUUUUUCGGGGCUGUGUUUUGGCUUCUGUGUUGUGGACAGCAGAACUGAGUGUCAAUAAACAUUUGGCUCACCUGG